AAGGUGGCAGAAACUACAUUUCCCAGUCUCCCAGGGAGUAGGCUAUCCCAGCUCGCCGCUAGAAGCCAGGGACUACAAAUCCCAGUACAAUCUGCGCUCGGUCUUUCUAACUUAGGCUCCAGUGUGCCGCGCAGUGUGCGCAAAUUUGGAAUCGUUCUGUAGGGUUGCUUUCUGAAUCCGGUUGGUUUCUUGAAACCUGGCUGGAAGGUCCUCUUUCUCCCUGGAGACAUGACAGCCCACCGACAGUUAACUUCUGUUUACAAGGAACUCAGAAGUCUGCAAACCAUGAUCUCAAGACCGGAGAAUGGCAGGUGAACAGAAGCCCUCCAGCAACCUCCUGGAGCAGUUUAUUUUGUUAGCCAAAGGCACCAGUGGCUCAGCCCUCACCACUCUCAUAAGCCAGGUUCUGGAGGCUCCUGGAGUAUAUGUGUUUGGAGAACUGCUGGAGUUGGCCAAUGUUCAGGAGCUUGCAGAAGGAGCCAGUGCUGCGUAUUUGCGGCUGCUGAACCUGUUUGCCUACGGAACAUACCCGGAUUACAUAGCCAACAAGGAGAGCCUGCCAGAACUGAGCGCAGCUCAGCGGAACAAGCUGAGGCAUCUUACCAUCGUGAGUUUGGCAUCAAGGAUGAAGUGCAUUCCCUACUCUGUGCUGCUGAAGGACCUGGAGAUGAGGAAUCUCCGGGAACUCGAAGACCUUAUCAUUGAGGCUGUCUACACUGACAUCAUCCAGGGCAAGCUGGACCAGCGAAACCAGCUGCUGGAAGUGGAUUUCUGCAUUGGCCGUGACAUCCGAAAGAAAGAUAUCAGUGACAUUGUCAAGACCUUGCAUGAGUGGUGUGAUGGCUGCGAGGCCGUUCUCUUGGGCAUUGAGCAGCAAGUUCUGAGAGCCAACCAGUACAAGGAGAACCACCACCGGACGCAGCAGCAGGUGGAGGCGGAGGUCAGCAACAUCAAGAAGACACUCAAAGCAACAGCCUCCUCCUCAGCUCAGGAAAUGGAGCAGCAGCUGGCUGACCGCGAGUGUCCUCCUCACACUGAGCAGAGGCAGCCCACCAAGAAGAUGUCCAAAGUGAAAGGUCUGGUCUCCAGCCGCCACUAGGGCCGGCUGGGGCAGCUGGCACUCACCAGGCCUGGGUCAGGUGGGGAGGGGACGCCCAGGGCCUGUUCCUCCCCUCUCCACCUGUAGUGAGUUCCAGACCUGCCCACCCUCUCCAGUACCUCCCCACCCAUUGGUACCAUUGCGGAAAAUGAUUGCUCCUCCUUUGCCUCCUUUCCUAGUUGAUCCCUUCAGACUCAGGGGCUCAACGGAUGCCAUCCCAACAGGGUCCGACACUGCCCAGCUUCCCCCCAGGGGUUCCCUGUCUCGAUGGGCUACCUCCCUCCCAGGUGUUCCUUUGCUCCAUGUCAUUUUGUCAGGCUGGUCCUAAGCUGGAGGCAGUUUCCUCAGUCUUGAGGGGUGACUGUGGAGAAGGCUCCUCUCGGAGUGAAGAGGAGCCUUGCUCUCCAGCCCCAUGUACCACAGUACCCACAAUGGUGCAAGUGUCUCUAGUCAGGUAGCCACGUUGUCCCUCUCCUGCCUUACCCCUGUCGGCAGUGCCACUUCAGGCCGUGGAGGGACGUGGUGCUGGGCUCUGUUUACUAAACCUUUGGGUUUUCAGCCUCUUCAGCCCAGCCAGGAUCUCUGGUCAAGUUGGGAGCCCUGGGCUGACUAACCUCUGGUACCUGAGUCCAGUGGGGGUGCUUGGGGUCUGUGGGCGGCAGAAGGUGUUCCUCCCAGCGUGGUGUCCUUUGCCGGCCCCGCCUGCUGCCUGCUCAGCCGUGGGUUGGCACGUAGGCCCAGCUGCCCACUGGGAGUGUCUGCCGAGAUCUCUGAUGCCUCCUGGCUGCUCCGGGGUGGGAAUGGUGGUGCCGAAGCCCCUCAGACUGGUGAAGGACCGUUGCUGCUUCUUUCUCCUUCCUUCCCGCCCCUCCUUGGCUGGCGACCCAGAACCUUCUGAUGACAUCAUACUACUCCUGGCCAGAGAAAAGGACUUGACUAGACUUUCUGAACUUGAACAGUUUCAGGUUAUAUUUUAAUUUUUUUUUUUGUACAGGUUGAUUCUAAUACAUUUCAACAUGCUUUUUUCUCCCUUUGUGUCAAUAUUUGUUACAGUCUAAUCGCCGGGGAUUUCUCACCUGGUUGGAGGGUGUGUGUGUGUGUGUGUGUGUGUGUGUGUGUGUGUGUGUGUGUGUAUGUGUGUUUUAUUUUGUUUUCCUAAGGGGAGGUGGAGGCCCUGGACUGAUUUUAAACUCUAUUGAGGAAAAAGCACAUUUUAGAAAAGCAAAAACAAAAACAACAAAAUAACAAGAGUGUAGAUUUGGCAUCUGUGACUGGAAUAUGGGGUUGUACAGGUGGGUUUGGAGAGCAGUAGUUUGGGUGGUUUAGAGAAUGUGACUGUUUUUGUAGCAUGAUUGAAAAGUGGGUUGAUUCAGUGUUAAAAGUAUUCUUGUUUUCCUUUUAUGCUGGUCCAUGUGCUCAUAUACCACUGUGCCUAACCAGAGGUUAGGUUUGAUUCCCAAAGUGUGUUUGAUGAAUCUCUGGAUCACAUCUCUGUGGAAGAGGGGUCCUGUUGUUAAAUAAAUGUGGCACUCCCUGCA